GAGGAUAUACCGAACCAACCGGAAACAACGUUAAAUAUAGCAUGUAGAACAGUUGCUUUUUCUUGUCAUUGCAUACUCUGCAAUUAUAGUAAAAGUGCAGACAUCAGGAAGCAGAGCAAAUCUAGUUUCGUGUUAAGCAGGUGUGGAUUGUGAAGAUGGAGGGAGAGCAUCCUCAUGAGGAGAAGCAGACUGAAACUGCUUGCUGUGCAUCCCAAUGUCCCAAAGAUGGAGAGGAAAGGCAGGGACAAGGGGCUAUGUUAUGGUCCAUCCAGGAGGCAGUGGAGAGGCAGACCAUGCAGAUAGGAGCGUCCGCCUGUGGGGCAACGGCCGUAGUGGAUGUCCUACAGGCCCUCGGCAUCAUUGUGGCACCCGAGACGGCUGACCGGUGUGUGCGGACGUGCCUGAGGAGGAACGAGGCGCCGCUUCCCGAUUACCUGUUCUCCCGGAGCGAGGCUGGUGCCACACACGCACAGCUGAUAGCUGGGGCGGAGCAGGCCAGUGGUGGGCGCGUGCUGGGACGCCACUUCCCCCUCCACCCUCGCCGGCGGGUGAGGCUGGUACCCUGGCUGGCACAGUGGAUCCAGAAAGGGGCAGUGCCCGUGGCCACCAUGAACAUGCAGCUGGCAGUGCCAGAGGGAGAGGAGGUUCCCGACGCAUGGCACCACCAACUCAUCUUUGGGGUCGGACCCGACACUGUCUAUAUGACUAACCCCCUGGAUGUGGUGAGUGAGCGGGAGGUGCAUCAGCGACUCUGCAGUGAAUCUGUGUUGCUGAUACGUCGAGAGGAUGUGCUGCUGAGAUUGACAGCUGACGCCCCUCUGUCUAGCCUAUCAGACGACCAGUCUGACCCACGCUGGAAAGCCCUGGAUGUGGAGGGUCAAUUGAGGCAGAUGAUUCGUGAGGAAGACCAUGAUGAUGAAGAUCAGUUUAGGAUGAGCCAUGUCGUGAUCCCCGCAGCAUACAGUUCAGGUGUGACGGUCUUCGCCCUCAGAGACUCAGACCAAGGACAGGAGCUUCUCCACACCCCUGAACUCCCUUUGCUUUGAUAUGGCUGGACAGUGGACACAUCAUUACCAAAAAUCUUGCUCUGAUUGGACAAUGCAUCUUUGACCUUCCCACUAUUGUUACAUGUAUUCGGUGAGGGGAAAUGUUCAGAAACUGGUGAUAUAAAUGUCAUUAAUAGAGCUAACAUGGUUCCUUAUUCUACAGGUAAGAGAGGCUUGUCUGUUCUACAUAUUAUAUUUCUAUCUGAACAUCCAACAACGUUGCACCCUGCUGAAUGUGCCCCAGGUGUAUUCAGUGAGGUGAAGCACUCAAAAACAAAAAAGAAGCACUCAAAAACUAUAGAAUUGAUAGAGCUGACUCAAUUUCCUAUUCAGACACAACUCAUAAUUCUGAUAUGUCUAUCUACAGUGGGGCAAAAAAGUAUUUAGUCAGCCACCAAUUGUGCAAGUUCUCCCACUUAAGAGAGGCCUGUAAGAGAGAGAGGCACUUGAGAGAGGCCUGUAAUUUUCAUCAUAGGUACACUUCAACUAUGACAGACAAAAUUAGAAAGAAAAAUACAGAAAAUCACAUUGUAGGAUUUGUAAUGAAUUUAUUUGCAAAUUAUGGUGGAAAAUAAGUAUUUGGUCACCUACAAACAAGCCAGAUUUCUGGCUCUCAGACCUGUAACUUCUUAUUUAAGAGGCUCCUCUGUCCUCCACUCGUUACCUGUAUUAAUGGCACCUGUUUGAACUUGUUAUCAGUAUAAAAGACACCUGUCCACAACCUCAAACAGUCACACUCCAAGCUCCACUAUGGCCAGGACCAAAGAACUGUCAAAGGACACCAGAAACAAAAUUGUAGACCUGCACCAGGCUGGAAAGACUGAAUCUGCAAUAGGUAAGCAGCUUGGUUUGAAGAAAUCAACUGUGGGCGCAAUUAUUAGGAAAUGGAAGACAUACAAGACCACUGAUCAUCUCCCUCGAUCUGGGGCUCCACGCAAGAUCUCACCCCGUGGGGUCAAAAUGAUCACAAGAACGGUGAGCAAAAAUCCCAGAAACACACGGGGGGACCUAGUGAAUGACCUGCAGAGAGCUGGGACCAAAGUAACAAAGCCUACCAUCAGUAACACACUACGCCGCCAGGGACUCAAAUCCUGCAGUGCCAGACGUGUCCCAAUACUUAAGCCAGUACAUGUCCAGGCCCGUCUGAAGUUUGCUAGAGAGCAUUUGGAUGAUCCAGAAGAAAAUUGGGAGAAUGUCAUAUGGUCAGAGGAAACCAAAAUAGAACUUUUUGGUAAAAACUCAACUCGUCGUGUUUGGAGGACAAAGAAUGAGUUGCAUCCAAAGAACACCAUACCUACUGUGAAGCAUGGGGGUGGAAACAUCAUGCUUUGGGGCUGUUUUUCUGCUAAGGGACCAGGACAACUGAUCCGUGUAAAGCAAAGAAUGAAUGGGGCCAUGUAUCGUGUGAGAUUUUGAGUGAAAACCUCCUUCCAUCAGCAAUGGCAUUGAAACGUGGCUGGGUCUUUCAGCAUGACAAUGAUCCCAAACACCGCCUGGGCAACAAAGGAGUGGCUUCGUAAGAAGCAUUUCAAGGUCCUGGAGUGGCCUAGCCAGUCUCCAGAUCUCAACCCCAUAGAAAAACUUUGGAGGGAGUUGAAGCCAGCAACAGCCCCAAAACAUCACUGCUCUAGAGGAGAUCUGCAUGGAGGAAUGGGCCAAAAUACCAGCAACAGUGUGUGAAAACCUUGUGAAGACUUACAGAAAACGUUUGACCUCUGUCAUUGCCAACAAAGGGUAUAUAACAAAGUAUUGAGAUGAACUUUUGUUAUUGACCAAAUACUUAUUUUCCACCAUAAUUUGCAAAUAAAUUCAUUAAAAAUCCUACAAUGUGAUUUUCUGGAUUUUUUUUGUCUGUCAUAGUUGAAGUGUACCUAUGAUGAAAAUGACAGGCCUCUCUCAUCUUUUUAAGUGGGAGAACUUGCACAAUUGGUGGCUGACUAAAUACUUUUUUGCCCCACUGUAUAAUAUUGGCCAGUCGUGUUGUACACAAUACAUUUUUUAUCUGAACAUUCAGUAACGUUACUCCGACCUGAACGAGGCCCUGCUGCUGUACAGUAGGAUAUCCGUCCCUGACAGUAAUACUUUGUUUGAACACUUUUCUGGGUCGUAUUCACUGACAUCAAGCAGAAGAAAAUGAACCGAAACAGGGAGUGACUCCCUGAACUUACCCAAUAACAAACAUUCAUUUUCCUAUUCCAUUGCAUAACGUUUUGCUAUAGUAUGCACUAAUGAAUAUGACCCUGAUCUUAUGUGUGUGUGAUGUUAAGAGUAGCCUACUUGAUGUAUGCCCCUGCACCAGUGGAGGCUGCUGAGUGGAGAAUGGCCCGUAAUAAAGGCUAGAACUGCGCAAAUAGAAUGGCACCAAACACAUAGAAACCAUGUGUUGGGAGGACUUGAUACCAUUCCACUAAUUCCGCUCCAGCCAUUACCAAGAGCCCGUCCUCCCUAAUUAAGGUGCCACCAACCUCCUGUGCCCUGCACAUUGAAAUCGUGCACGGUUUGAAACCAUGUCUUCUGCAGCAGGACAAUCAACCCUAAUGCGCCACUCUGCAAUACCAGAUAAGCUAAAUCUGUGGCACUGGGAUGUAAAUGUGAUGCUGUGCUCAUCUACACAGAUACAGAUUAGGUGUAUAUCGUGAGUGUGCUCAUGAUUUGCAGUUUUCUGUACUCAAGAUUUUUGGCUACCACUUAUUUGGCCAGUUUCCCAGACACAGAUUAAGCCUGGUCCUUGACUAAGAAUGAUGUUCAAUGGAGAUUCUCCAUUAACAGUAGCAGUUGAGUCCAGGACUAGGCUUGAUCUGUGUCCAGGAAACCAACCAAAUAUGAAACCAUGUUUAAAUCAAUCAACAUGUAUCUGUUGUGAUGUUUGUCAUUGUUAACUCCCUUUUAUUUGUAAGCUAUCAAAAUACAUAAAGAGUCGCAAGACCUAUAUAUAACAA